AUGGGAGUACAAAGGCGGUCCGUAAGAGGGAAGAUUGGGGAUUCCAGAGGGGAGUGGAGCCUGAAGAAGUCUCCUGUGCUGCUCCUCUUCUCUCCUCUUCUCUCUUCUCUCGCGUUCUUCUAUUUCAGCUUUUUUAAGCGCCUCCUCAGCUUCCAACUGUUCCUUAAAGAGUUCAAGUUCUACCGCAGGGAGUCAGAAAACGUUUGUUCUUCUUGUGAACUUCUGUGUUGCUUUCUGCAAGAGGGUCAGACCCAGGAGUUCCUUUGUUCAACCCUCUUCCUAAGCUACGUUCUUUUGUUGGAGAAAAUUAAAGUUGCUAUACAAUACGCUGAGAAGCUGAAACUUAUUCUAUCCAAACGUUAUAGCGAUCUUGCAAAAGAGAGUAUAGAAGACCUGACUGUUCAAAAAGAUCAUGCUAAAAUAAAAAAGUCCCCGUUGGAGAUUUCUGGAUCUUUUACUCCACCAGAUCCAAAAGGCGAAGAAUUUGAAAAAGAAGCACUUCACGCAGAAGAUUUGGACACCUUACUGCAUCCUUUUCCAAGGAAGGACCAGAGUAACUAUUCAGGUCUGCCAUUUGCUUUGAUGCAGCCGAAGCAACUGAUAGAGCUGCUUUCUCAGAAUUCUUCGGUUCUGUUGUUAGACGUUCGUCCGGAAUUUCAAUAUAUGCGAUCUCAUGUAAAAGCAAGCUCUUCAAUUAACAUUCCAGAAGAAGUUUUUAGUAGAGAAAUCGGCCUCAAAACUGUUUACUCAUAUUUAAACGAAGAAGACAGAAACACAUUUAGGAGGCGGCGAAGUUUUUCUCACGUUGUUAUACUCAACAGAGACUUCAGUGCUAGUGAGAGCUACAUCCCGGCCUCCCGACUGCUUGUGCAGCACUUUGCGGACUGCCUAACUAAAUUUGAUUUUUCCGAGGAGGCCAUCAGUUCUUUGCCGUUCGUUGUUGAUGGUGGGAUAAAGGCUUUGCUUAUUCAGUAUCCGUAUUUCUGCACCAACUAUAUAGCUAGUGAGCAGUUUGGUCCAGACGAGGCUCUAUUUAUCUCGCAGGCCACAGAAGAAGGUCUGGACACCGCCCGUUCCAUUUCUUAUCCGAUUUUCCAGAGAGAGAAUCUUAAGAUCUUGGAAAUUUCUCCUCCCGCUGUCUAUCCGAUGCUUGAGCCUUUCAAAGACUGCCAAUCUUUUUCUGCAAGGAAAGGAGAGAAUACCCCACAAGGUGGAGCCCGUUCCGCUUGCACCGAAAGCCCUCCUCCUGGCGCGGCUCCUCUUGUUGAUCGUUCUUAUAAGAUAGUUUCCCCGUCUUCGCCAUUGCCGGCGUCUCCAGUGUUACCCGACCACUACUUGACUAGUACUACCUGCACCGGCUUAAAGAAUAUGGGCAACACCUGCUAUAUGAAUUGUGUGCUGCAAUGUCUGUGCAAUCUCCCCUCGUUUCCGGUUUAUUUUUUGAACAACGCGAUUGUGCCUCGCCUUAACAGGAGCAAUCCUCUCGGCACGGGCGGCCAGCUGGCAAUUGAGUUCGGAAAGCUCCUGGAAACUUUGUGGUGCGGCAAAGGGGGGUACAUAGUCCCCGCCGCCUUCAGAAACUGCCUCAUUAAAUUCGCGCCGAGAUUUUCUGGAUGUGAACAACACGAUGCUCAGGAGUUUCUCUCUUUUUUAUUGGAUGGGCUGCACGAGGACUUGAACCAUCCGAUCUCUUGUGAUCGAGACUCCUCCGAUGUCAGUCAAGCAGCCGAGGAUGCGCAACUCGCCGAGCUGAGCUGGUCCAAGCACAAAGCAAGAAAUAAUUCCAUAGUGGUGGAUUUCUUUCAAGGACAGUUCCGAUCAACUCUUCAGUGCCAAGCCUGCCGGCAUUGCUCCUCGAGUUUCACUCCGUUCAUGUUUUUAUCGCUUCCCGUCUCUUUCACUCGAAGGACGACCCUUGACGAUUGCUUGAAGGAGUUCACCCAGAGAGAAAUCGUUUCCGGAUCUAACAAGUGGUACUGUCCAAAAUGCGAGGCUCACCGGGAUGCCUGGAAACAACUUGUUCUAUGGCGGCUCCCUCCUGUGCUUAUAGUCCACCUUAAGCGCUUCAAAGUUGAUUGUAACGGAAAUGUCUCUGGAAAAAAUGAGGCCAACGUACUUUUUCCUUUAGAAAAUUUAGAUCUUUCGCUUUUUUCCGGCGACUCGAUGCACUCGAUAAAGUACUCGCUGUCUGGCGUCUCGAUGCAUAGAGGGACUUUGGUGAACGGUCACUAUACCUCCUUCUGUAAAAGCACCGUCGACGGUAGUUGGCGGUACUAUGACGACACUAAAGUUCGGACGGUGACAGAUGCGGAGAUUCAGACUGGCGACGCCUACGUGUUGUACUAUUCCGCCUUUACUGAAAAUCUGCAUCGGGUUGCGAAAUAAAAAAUAAUAGUUUGUCGGGGGAUUCAUCGUUGGCCUACUCACAACGUUAGUUUGAAUUUCUUUAUAAUCCUCCUCACAACUGAAUGGA